AUGUUGUGUAUAUUAUUGGAUAAUUCAAGGAUUGAAAUUUAUGGCGAGUCUGGAAGAUCUUUUAUUGUUUCUUUGCCAUGUAAAAUGAGCAAAAUUUGGAGCUUAAAUGAUGAAUAUUUAUUAGUGGAACGGAAAAUAGUCAACCCAGAUCCAUCUAGCACUAUUCCUAUUAUUUAUUAUUUAACACAUCCAUUGGAAGAUUUAAAAGCUCUUGCAUCUGUUGUUGAUAAUCAAUCAAAUGAUAUGGAAGAUGAUAUAUUAAUGACUGAGCCAAUAUAUGAUUACUUGAAAAGUGAAGAGGAAGUCAUUGCUUACAUAUUUUUGAACUUGUUCAUGAUUACCUUCAAUACUAACACCAAAAUAUUGUCAAUAUAUUCAAUAAUGGAAGAAGGUUUUGUUCAAAGAAUACCAUAUGCUGAUAAUAAUGAUUUCUCAGACUAUUUGAAAUGCAAUUUGGAAACAGUUCAAAUUUCAAUCUUUCCACAAAAUAAUUUUGGUACUGAGUAUACCCUCUUUUUGAUUAAUAACAAUAGCCUAUUUGCUUUCACCAUCUUCAGAAAUGAUCUAGAAGAGGCAUUCAUUCUUAAACCAAAAUUUUUCAAAGAAGGUGUUGUAUCCAUUUCUGAAUUUAACUACCCUCUAGCAAAUGAAACACUUUUUAAUGGAAAUAUAGAGGGAUUCUUACAUUUGAUGAUCUUGGCAGAAAAUUCCAAUUACUCUUUAAUAUUAGUUUUGGAUGGUGAGUUCAUCAUGUGGGAACAAGCCCUUGACAGUCAAUAUUCAAAGAUUGAACAUCUUGUGGACAAUAGACUCUCCCUUAAAACAGCCGACUACUCUCUAAGAUAUAGACUUGAUAUUUGCCCUAAUUCGAAACUAGUACAAGAUUGUCUCUCAGUCUUUCAAUCAGUCCUAACAAAGGACUUAUUUUCGAGUAUUUUCUACGACUUUCAAACAUCUAGGAUUGGAAAUGCUAAUGACUGGGAUAUUUUCAUUAACCUGUUAAAUUAUUUAACAUUUGGAGUUGAACCAAAUAGUCCCACCACUCAGGAAUCUGAUCCAUGGAAAUUAAUGGAACUUAUCCAUACAAAAAAUAGUGCCACAUCAAGUCAAAUAUUCAAUACAUCCAAACUGAGAACAAACAAACAGGUACUUAUCCAAAACUUGCCUUUGAUUCUGAUUUCAAUACACUUACUCUACGAAAAUUACAAAUUACACACCUCAGAGUGGAACAAUGUAGAAACUCUUGUCAGAUACCUUUUCAAUCUUUCAAACAAAUUGAAAUGGAAAGCAUUUAGUGAAGUUUACCAAAGGGACUUUAAUUACACCUUGACUUUGACAGUGCCAUCUAAUCCAGUUGACAUUGAGUUCCCGGUUGUUGAAAAGAUUAAAUUCCUCAACAAUUACUACACAACUGGUAUAAUUGCACCAACCAUUUUAGGAUGGAUUGAAGAAAUAUUUAUCAAUAAGAGUUUAAAUGUUGAUCUAAUGUAUCCUUCAAUCACUAAUUGCUCGGCAACAAGUCUUUCAAGAAAGAUUUGCAGGUUUUUCUCUUUACUUGUUACCAAUAAGGAAGAUCUUUACAAUGUUGAGAGCAAUAAUAACAGUGUUUCAAUGGAUAUCAACGGUUUACAAACAGGGCUACUUGAUUUACCUCCACACGAACGUGUAGCAAUAGCUUUAUUACAAGAGGGCUUCUCUAGUGUUGAUGGAUUGAGUUUUUUACCAUUUAGUGUCUCACUUCCAAUAAGAGAGGCUUUAGUACAAUGUAGAAACAGCAUUCAACCUGUAACCAGAACCCCUGAAUACUGUAAGCUCAUAGAAAGAGAGGAUUUGGCUGUCAAUAAUCAAGCCCAAUCUGAAUCCGAAGUUCUACUGGAUGGAAAUCAAAUCGUUUCAGAAUUUACAAAAACGCUGGGAACAGGAGUCCCUUCUAUUGCCAGUAAUCAAGAUUCUGAGGAUGAUAUAGGUCAUAUGAUUUGGAGUGAAGAUAGGAGACUUGAGCAAGUGAGUAAAAUGCUAGAUAGUAGUAUACCUACUCAGAUUCAAAAGCAUACACUUCAACUUAGCGAGGAUGAUUUGGAUGGUUUUGAUCCUAACGAUGCACCAGAAUUACAACGUAAAAUCCUACUCAACAUGAAGCAACAAGUUCUUUCAUUCUGUAUUGGAAGAGGAAUGCUUUCCAUUGCCAGCAAGAAGAAUAAUAAUUCAGGAUCUGUUUCUAAUGAUACCACGAGUAAUAUUUUGACAAUACCUCCAAUAGUUUUAUCAUCCAAACUUAAAAGAAAUAGAGCUAUUAUGACCAUAGAUGUAUCAAAAAUAGUACCAGAAAAUGAAAUUUCUGCCUCGUGCAGCACUCAAUGGGCUGAAUUCCAUAAUGGGGUGGCCUCUGGAUUAACAAUUGGAAGAGACUCUAAAAUAACGAAAGAGUGGAUAAUGUUCCACAAGCCAAACAAGAGGGCUGGACAGUUUAUGAACAAGACUUCAAACGAUAGUGUCUCUCAUGCUGGCCUCUUAUUAGCCUUAGGUCUACAAGGUCAUUUGACAUGUCUUGGACCAACUGAUAUUUAUGGCUAUCUUCAACAGAGACACGAAGCAACCACUAUUGGAAUUUUACUAGGAUUAUCAUGCUCAUAUAUUGGAACACAAGACCAAUAUAUUACAAGAUCACUUUCACUCUAUGUUCCUUCCCUUGUUGUUGGAAUGAGCGAUAUGGAAAUGCCAAUGGAAGUAAGUGGUGCUGCACUUGUUGGCAUUGGUUUAUUAUAUAUGGGAAGUGGUCAUAGAUUUAUGACUGAAGUACUAUUGGGCGAAUUGGCAAGACCACCAAACGAUAAUUCCACCAAUUCAAGAGAAAGUUAUUCACUUUCAGCAGGUUUUGCACUUGGAUAUGUCCACUUGGCCAAGGGUGCCAAUGGAAGCAGUCAUGAACUCAAAAUGGAUCAAAGACUUCUUUCCUACAUGACUGGAGGAAGUAAACGACCAGAGUUUGACACAUUUGCAAUGAUGGCAUCCAAAUCAAAGUCUCAAAUGAUACAAAAAGGAGGAAAAGGUCAAAAUACUAGUGAGUUUGUUAACACCUCUUGUUCAAGAAUUAAGGAAAAUGAAAAGUUUGUCAAUGUGGAUGUGACUGGACAAGGUGCUUGUAUUGCUUUAACUUUGAAAUACUUGAAAACACACGACCUUACAAUUGCCUCUGAAAUGAAAGUUCCAGACACCAAAUACAUGUUGGACUAUGUCAGACCAGAUAUGAUCAUUUUGAGAAUCGUUGGAUCGUCUCUAAUUAUGUGGGAUCAUAUUAAGAAUACUGAUGAAUGGAUCAAAUCCAAACUUCCAGGUGUACUGAAUAAUACUGCACCAAUAUCUAUUGUUGAGAGCAGUGAACUCUCAAAGAUAUAUGCCUAUUCUGUUAGUGGAUGUUGUAUGGCAAUUGGAUUGAAAUAUGCUGGAUCCCACGACACGAAAGCAUACAAUCUCUUACUUGGACUGUUACAACAAGUCAUCAAAUCAAAACUCAAAAUAUUCUUGAAUAAUGAACAAAUGCAAAUACCAUACUCUGUCAAUCUAGACAAAUACACAACUGAUAGAGCUACAACUGUUAUUCUAUUGAGUAUUUGUUGUGUGAUGGCUGGCAGUGGUAACAUUGAAGUUAUACGUAUCAUCAAAUCAUUAAGACAGAAAUAUGUAGCAUCACCAGCUACUCAACAGGGAGGAUAUGGCAUACAUAUGGCUUUGUCUAUGUCUUUGGGUUUACUCUUCUUGGGAGGUGGACGUUGUUCACUGAGUACAAAUGAUAGAUCUAUUGCUGCUCUUCUUUGUUCUAUUUACCCAAUUUUCCCUCAAACUACAACUGACAAUAGAUACCAUUCACAAGCCCUUAGACACAUGUAUAUUCUUUCCACAGAAAAUAGACUUAUAGAAACUGUCGAUAUUGACACCAAAGAAAGAUGUCACGUACCAAUUCAAAUAGAAACUACUCAUGGCGAUGUUCUACACAAACUUUCUCCUUGUUUGAUUCCAGAGGCUCAUCUUCUUAAAAAGAUUACAACCAUGAAUGAGAGAAGAAGAUGCUCCACAGUACAUGCUCUUCCACAAGAUCCACAAUUAGGUGAAGCUAUGUUUACCUCAUUCACAUUUCCUCCAAGAAAACCAGGUCAUGAUGUGGUUGAUGAGGUCUUAGAGGAGAUGGAAGAGAUGAAUCUCAAUGAAGAAGAACAAGACUCGACGGAUCAAUAA